AUUACUUCUUUUCUUAAAUAGCUUUAUGUUAGUAGGAGAGCCUUUUGCUGCUAAGACAAAAGUUCUGCAUGUGCUGGCUGAUACUCUGACUCUUAUGAAUGAGCGUGGCUAUGGAGAGGAAGAAAAGGUCAUUUAUAGGACUGUGAACCCUAAAUCCAUUACUAUGGGCCAACUUUUUGGACAGUUUGACCCAGUAUCUCAUGAGUGGACUGAUGGUAUUGUGGCUAACACUUUUAGAGAAUUUGCCUUAUCAGAAACACCUGACCGGAAAUGGGUUGUAUUUGAUGGUCCUAUUGAUACUUUGUGGAUAGAGAGCAUGAACACAGUAUUGGAUGAUAAUAAAAAGGUAAAUCAUCAUUUAUUAAAAACAAAGCAGAUUUAGUUAGACAUGAUUGAGCAAUUUUAUGUAUUCACCAACUAAUCAACUAGGACCAUAUAUUUAGAAUAAAAGAUGCAGCAAGUGGAAUAGAUUUAUUAAUAUAAAUGAUCUUUUCAAUGAAAACUGUGCUACAGUAAACACUUUGCUUAGUUUUUUUAUAGAAUGAAAGUGUAUUGUAUUAAAACUUUACUAUGUUAGCAGGAAGGCAUAGUAAUCUACUGGGUAAGAAUAAGUUGUUAAGUGAAUGUCGGUCUUAUGGUUUCUUAAUAACUUUAAUAUUUUAGGAGAAAAUAAAAAGUCUUCAUUCCUUUUGAAAACAUUGAAUGCUUCAGUGCUUAUAUGUAGUAUAUUACCCUAGAAGUUGUGAGAUGUAUGAAAGAACUAAAAGUAAAAAUCUUUUAAUAUUUAUUUUAAUUGA